CACCAUCUGGCUUUCCUCACGUUAACAUCAUCUUUCAAAUCAAUUUCCCUCUAGUCUUCCACCUAAGUCGACUCCCUUUAGCCGUCACUGAGUCACUUAACAACAGAACCAGGAACCGACGGGCCAGUCCAGCAACUCAGAAGACAGAAGACAAAAGCCAGGGAAAUUAAAAAAUCGCUAGAAAAAUUAUCAGCCGAAGAAUAUCCCACGAAAAAUUGUUCAAGUGAUCUCAGAAAAUAUAAAUUAAUCAGCAGACAUGAACGUUGACGAGUUUCGUGUCCGUGGAAAGGAGAUGGUUGAGUACAUAUGUGAUUUUAUGAGCAAUAUACAUAAUCGCAGAGUGACACCGGAUGUUGGACCAGGGUAUUUAAGGCCGAUGUUACCCGCGGAAGCUCCUCACCAGGGUGAACGAUGGGAGGACAUAAUGAGUGAUGUUGAAUCCAAGAUAAUGCCUGGAAUAACACACUGGCAGCAUCCACGUUUCCACGCAUAUUUUCCAGCGGGCAAUUCAUUUCCUUCUAUUUUGGGGGACAUGCUGUCGGAUGCUAUCGGAUGCAUCGGAUUCUCAUGGGCGGCGAGUCCAGCGUGCACAGAACUGGAGACAAUUGUCUGCGAUUGGUUCGGAAAGGCAAUGGGUCUUCCAAACGAUUUUCUCUACUUCAGCAACGGGAGCAGAGGUGGAGGUGUUAUACAGGGCUCAGCCUCAGAGAGUGUUCUCGUCUGUAUGUUGGCAGCGAGAGCACAAGCUAUCGCAAGAUUAAAGGAAUUACCGGCAAAUGCACACUUGGAUGAAACAGCCCUUCUGGGCAAGCUCAUGGCUUAUUGCAGCCGAGAGUCACACAGUUGUGUUGAAAAAGACGCUAUGAUUUGUUUCGUCAAGCUGAGAAUCCUGGAGCCCGAUGAAAAGAGUGUUCUCAGGGGUGACACACUCCGAGAUGCCAUUGAAGCGGAUGUUGCUGAGGGAAGGGUCCCCUUCUUCGUUUCCACAACAUUCGGCACUACUGCCUGUUGCUCAUUCGAUAAUCUCAGCGAGAUUGGCCCCGUUUGCAAAAAAUACCCUGGGAUUUGGCUCCAUAUCGACGCGGCCUAUGCCGGCAAUUCAUUUAUCUGUCCUGAGUUGAAGCACCUCAUGGCAGGCAUUGAAUAUGCAGAUUCCUUCAAUACAAAUACGAACAAGUUCCUCCUAACCAACUUCGACUGCUCUUGUUUGUGGGUCAGGGAUCGAUUCAAGUUAACAAGUGCACUCGUAGUUGAUCCUCUGUACCUCCAACAUACUCAUGCGGAUACGGCCAUUGAUUAUAGGCACUGGAGUAUUCCACUGAGUCGAAGAUUUAGAUCCUUAAAACUUUGGUUCGUCAUGAGGAGCUACGGAAUCGCCGGUCUACAGGAGUACAUACGAAACCACUGCAAAUUAGCCAAACACUUCGAAUCUCUAGUGAGGAAGGACUCGAGAUUUGAAAUUUGCAAUGAUGUUGUGCUAGGAUUGGUUUGUUUCCGAGCUCAAGGAACUGAUAAGCUCAAUCAGAAACUACUGAGUGCCAUAAACGAUUCUGGCAGAAUUCACAUGGUUCCUGCCAAUGUUAAUCAUCGAUAUACUAUUAGAUUCGCUCUUGCGGCGCCAAAUGCCACCGUCGAAGAUGUGGAAAUUGCUUGGACCGUAAUCACGGAUAUUCUCUCGGAAAUGCUGGAGUCUAAAGAUGUUAUGGACGAGCUGGCUGACAUCCGGGAGAAAAAGAGGAAGGCGACCCUCGAACAGAGGAGAUCAUUCUUCGUUCGCAUGGUUUCUGAUCCCGCGAUUCAGCCCGGAUUCACUAAAACCCCGAAUCAGUCGUCAAAAUUGGAGACUCAAGUCACUAUCGGAGGAAUUGGCUCCAAUCCCCCGCCCACACGUUCCUGGAUCUCUUGGCCACUGGCAUAUCUCCUGUCCAAGGAAUCUGCAGAUACUAGUGAAUUGUCCCUCAGCUUAUUGGAUUUUUUAAGGUUUCGCCAUUUGGAUACGAUGGUACGCUUGAAAGCCGGUACAGGAAGCCGUCGUGGGAGUAGCAACGGAUGUAGUCCCGAGCCAUCGCCAUCGGUAUCACCCUCUCGCGCUAGAUCACCCAACGGAAGAGCAUAAAAUAAAUCAAUGUAUUUGCUUGACUAAUCGAUGAAAGUAAUUCGUUUCCUGAUCAAAGUUGAAAGUAUUAAAAAAAUUAUCA